ACGAGCUCUCCGCCGCUGUGCGAGGAGUCCAUCCCGGGGCAGCGCAUCGACCACGUGGACAUCUCUGGCCAGCCCAUGGCCAACCCAGACCUGGAGAUCGAUGGCGGUGAGGGCUUCCCGCCUGCCGUCGAGGCGCUCCGCGACAGGGUCCGUGCCGCCGACUGCUUCCUCUUCGCCUCGCCCGAGCACAACUACUCCGUCACGGCGUCCCUCAAGAACGCGUUGGACUGGGCGUCGAGGGGCAAGCGCAACUGCUGGGCGGACAGGGCGGCGGCGAUCGUGUGUGCGGGGGGCGACUUCGGCGGGGCCAGGGCGUCGCUCCACCUCCGCCAGAUCGGGGUCUUCCUCGACCUCCACUUCAUCAACAAGCCGGAGCUCCACAUCAGGGCCUUCGCGGACCCGCCCAAGUUCGACGGCGAGGGCAACCUCAUCGACGUCGAGACCAGGGAGCGGCUCAAGAAGGUGCUCCUAUCUCUCCAGGCCUUCGCACUCAGGCUCCAGCACAACAACAAGGACGACUGACUGACUCAAGAUCGGUGAUGCUUGGCAGUUGGCACCGUGUACCGUACGUGCAUUUCCCUAAAGUUUGAUGACGUUCUGCUCCGUGCACUAGUAUUUGUGGUUCCGUGAAAUAUUGUAGGAAGUAUGUGUUACUUUGUGUAAUAAAUCGCCAAAGAAUUGCUCUGUACUGUUGAACGUGUGCGUGCGUAUGUGUUUUACCGUUGCUACUAGAACGCGAGGGCGCAUCGUCUAUGUUGAGAAAACAAUGGGAGGAAAUUGAUAUUGUCGGAACAUAUG